AUGUCGACAGCAUUAGUCAGCCCUAUAUAUCUGAGCAGGACUGCUCCUCUCCCGUUUCUUCCCGGCGAGGUGAGACGCAUAGUAACUCGUGUUAACGACGUUUCCACGUGUGGCCGCGAGCUGUUCCCGAAUGCGCGCGAGUAUUCCGUAAACCGUUCGAUUAACGAGAAAGAAUUCUGUCACGACACGAUCCGAGAAUUCGUCGCGACCGCGCGGAAUGCUAAUGGCGCCCGCUAUCGCGUGGCCACGUCCCCGGACGAUCUACGAUCCGUGUUUACGUUUCGGAAUCAGAAUUGGGGCGCGGGAGGUAUUCCCAUCGGCGAUAAUUCCUUCGGCGAUCGUAACAUACAAGAGAGUAAGACCGAC